AUGGCUUCUACAACCAGUAUUGCCUCAAAUGCAAAUCCAGCCUCAGGCACUUCUCUGAGCGCACAACCCAAUGGUGCUGGCAGACCCGCAACAAAACCUACAUCAAGCAUGAAAGCUUUGGAUGGAGGAAGGAAGCAGACUACAAGUCCAAAUGAUGUAUCACAGAAGCGCGCUCUUCCACAAAAAGCUUGGACUUCUACGAUAAAUCCAAUUACGCAGAAGAACUCCUCUCAGCUCCAGCAAAACGGAAAUCUCUUGCAGCAGAAGCCAGUGGGGCCAGCGAAAGCUAGUAUUGCAAAAGAGGGUAACACUGCUGACAAACAAGCACAUGAUCGUCUGACGUUCAUUCUUGCUGCUUCCACGGGUCUCCAAAUCUCCGUCUCGACAACAUCAGGUGACAAAUUUGAAGGCGUCCUCUGCAGAUCCACUCUUGAGCCCAGCGACACAAGUAUAACUAUGAAGAUGACAAAGAAAAUAUUGACUGGCAAUGAUACACGUGUAAACGGUGUCGCAGCUCAAAGCUCCACCUUCAUUGGUUCGGGCCCAGACUUUGCCAUGAGUAUCGAGGGUAAAGAAAUUGCUGAGGUGUCACUACCUUCAUUGAACAUACCUGAUACUCCAAAGCCUCAGAAUGGGGCAAUAGCAGGAUUCCGGACAGACGCAGAUAUUGCUGGGACCGUAGAGCGUGUCGAGCGACCACUGCAGCCUUGGGUACCUGACGCUACUGAGGAUGUGGAUCUGUCUCUGGAGUCCACUGGCUCGACUGGCUGGGACCAAUUCGAAGCGAAUAAUCGUCUCUUCGGGACGAGUAGCACCUUCGAUGAAAAUCUUUACACUACCAGGAUUGACCGCUCUGCUCCAUCAUAUCGUGAGAGAGAACGCCAAGCCGCAAAACUAGCGAAAGAGAUUGAGGGUACGACCUCGACUAACGCACACAUGCGCGAAGAGAGAGGUCAUGCGUGGGAGAACGAUGGGGAGGACGAAGAGGAUAAAUACAGUAGGGUCCAAAGAGACGACCAUAACUUUCCUCCGCUACAGUCUGGUUCAUCGAACAAGUACAUGCCGCCUGCUCGACGAGCGCCAACCGGACAGCCUACCGUCGCUGGAGCUCCAGUUGAUCCCGCCAUAAUCUCAGCACAAAUCUCCAAACCCGAGAGUGCAAAGUCGACACAGACCAAAGCACAACAUCUCAAGGACAUGGAAAAUACUCAAUCUGACGCUACAAUAAAGGAACCAAAGAGAGAGCCAUCACCGGCAGUCAACCCUGAACCCAUCGAUCGCUCAGGGAAAAAGAUCCUCACCCCGUCUACCAGCACCCUCUCAGCAAGUCAAAGCCAAGAAAUCAAAGAAAAAGGUUCUCCAGCGGGUAGUUCUUUAGCUUCAUCACGCAAAGCCCCGGAGAAUGCCACAGAGGAUGUGGAGAACAAACUGCUGCACCAAUUCAAACAAUUCGCAGCUUCGGAGAAGAUGAGAAUUCACCAGUCUCAACGUACAAGAGCUACUAACGAUAGGCAAGCGAAACUGAAGGAGCUGCAGAACUUUUCUGAAUCGUUUAAAUUGAGAACGCCUGUUCCAAAUGAUCUGGUCGGGAUCCUAGCCAAAGAUCCUGCCAAGCAAGAGCAGAUUGUCGAAAAAGCUAGGAAAGAACACGAAGAGCUGCCUGCAACACCGAGUCCUGCAUCUCAUUCUAUUGCUACAGGUGAGACGAAGCCAGCGCCCAAAACCCCUGCAGUAGGAAAGUUUGAUCCUUCGAUGGUUCCUGCUCCUAUCCCGGAUCGACGGACAUUCGACCGUUCCCGCCAAGGUCAUCCCCCAGCUCCUGCGCGGAACGAAAGACCAGGCCAAUCUCAGACAAGUCAGCCACUCAGAGGUGGACCAGGUCUCUCUGUUCAUCGAUCUGUAGGCGUACCGCACGAGCGAAGGCCAGUCUUGCCCCAAACUAUUCCUACACCUAUUCCAAUCCACGAAGGCAGAGUCCCUCCCCUGGGUCCUUUGGCAGAUCAAUCCAGCGUUUCGAGCCCUCAACGGUCAAGCGUACAUACUCCUACAUCUGCAGUGUCUACCAAGUUCAACGCUAAGGCAAUAGAUUUCAAGCCAAAUGCAGCUGCGCCAGCUUUCACUCCUGCAGCAACCUCUAUCGCACCAUCUAGCCCCAGGCCGAUUGAGCCAGUCCGGGACGUCUCUGGAACCGCCAGCCCUUCGAGCUUUUUUGGCGCAAAGAAGCCCAAGCUAGCAGCCGAUCGUCCUGCCUUCGUUGACGACUUUAAUCCUUUUCCCCGAAUGAAGAGAGAGGUUGAGCAACAGAAAGAACAGACGAAGAAGGAUUACUCGAACAACGGGGGCAUUCCUCCGGCGUAUAACACACCACCACGCUGGGAAGUGGCAGAACGUUAUCAGGACAGAACCUACAAGGACGUUUUCGACACGCUCAUCGCCCCAAGUAUCUCUCCAGCUCCUUCAGCUCGUUCGCUAUCCACCCAACAAAUUCCCUACCAGCAACAGCUUCCUUAUCAUCUACCAAAUAGUGCCCACAACAUUCCGCAAGUCCACACAACACACCAUGCUAUGCAGCCCACUCAAUCUCAGCCCCAACACAGCCAUUACGAUGAGGGCCAUGCUCGAUUGCAUAUGGGAGCCACACCUCAAGUCUUUCCAUCGCCUCGGCUUGGGUCCGGUCAGAUGGCCUACCCGUCACCUAUGACCCAUGCAACACCGAUGCAGUAUGGGCAGCCAGUUGGACAAUAUAUGCCUGCUCAGGGUGGGCCAUCACCAAUGCAAAUGCGCCCAUAUCCUGCCACUCCUCAAUUCAUGCAUGCUCAAACUCCGCAGAUGGGUGCCCCCAUGAUGGUUCAUCAACCAUCAAACGGUCCCUACAUGGGUAUUCCUCAGCAGCAAUAUCCACACAUGCCCAUGUAUUCUCCGAACCCUUCACAGGCAUAUCCUCAGCAUGCUGCAUCACAACCACACUCAGGCUACCCAAGCCCAAGUCGUGCUGCACCAAUGAUGAUGCAUCAAGGCUCUCAGCAAGGUCAUCAUUCUGGUCAGCAUCUAUAUGGUAUGCCUAGUCAGCCAGCUCAGAUGGGCUAUGGCCAAUACGGGCAACCACAACCGAUGCGUGGAGGUUAUCCCGGCCAACAUGCUCCGUACGGGACCAGUCCAGGUCAAGCAUAUCAAUACCCGCCACAGCAACAGCGAAGCUUGAGCAACGGGUAUGGCGGGGGCUACCACGGAAAGGUGCCCAUGCAACAUAUGCAGCCAAGUCAAGGGCCUAUAAUAAAUGGAGGACCACAGCCAGCAGGAUAUCCUCCACAAGAUAUGCCUAUUGAAAUGGCCAAGUGA